AUGGCCCCUUUAGGGCUGGUCCGGUGGCUGCUUUGGGGGCUGCUGGGCGUGGGGCUGGGCGCCCCGGACGGCGGGGCGGCGGCGGCGGCCUCGAGGCUCAACGGGAGCGCGGCGGCGGCGGCGCCGUCGGGCCGGGGCGAGGAGCGGUGCAAGCGCGCGGCGCAAUGCGAGGCGCUCCAGCAAAGCGUGUGCCUGGGCUCUCCGCUGCCCUACGCCGCCACCUCCACCCUCCUGGCCGGGGACUCCAGCUCGCAAGAGGAGGCGCACGACAAGCUGCUCCUGUGGUCCGGUAAGGGGGCUGCCGGGUGGGAGUUGGGGAGCCCCGCGACCGUGGGUGACAUGCAGCGUGCCAAAAUGUGUGGGUGCCUGGCCCUCCAUCAUCAUAAUACAGUGGUACCUCGGGUUACAUACACUUCAGGUUACAGAUGCUUCAGGUUACAGACUCCCCUAACCCAGAAAUAGUGCUUCAGGUUAAGAACUUUGCUUCAGGAUGAGAACAGAAAUCGUGCUCCGGCAGCGUGGUGGCAGCAGGAGGCCCCAUUAGCUAAAGUGGUGCUUCAGGUUAAGAACAGUUUCAGGUUAAGAACGGACCUCUGGAACGAAUUAAGUACUUAACCCGAGGUACCACUAUAAUAAUUUUUAUUUCUACCCCGCCCUCCCCAGCCAAGGCCAGGCUCAGGGCGGCUAACAAGCAAUAAUAAAAACAAGUUGAAUGAAUACAACUUCAAAACAAGAUAAAAAGACAACAUUAAAAUAUGGAAACAUUAAAAGAGGGGGAGAGAAUCAAAUUGGCUCCAAGCCAAAGGCCAGGCGGAACAACUCUGUCUUACAGGCCCUGUGGAAAGAAAUCAGAUCCUGCAGGGCCCUGGUCUCAUGAGACAGAGCGUUCCACCAGGCCGGGGCCACCACUGAAAAGGCCCUGCCUCCGGUUGAGGCUAAUCUAACUUCCUUAGGGCCCGGGACCUCUAGGGUGUUGCUAUUUAUGGUAUGCUCUCCGUGGGGCAUACUGGGAGAGGCGGUCCCGUAGGUACGACGGUACUAGGCCCAGAGGUAUGAGGUUCCGUCGGUACGAGGGUCCUAAUCCCUCCAUGGGGGAUUUUGUGCAUGCUCUUGCACCCAGGGCCCCAGUGAGUUGACACCCGUGACGCCGGGGUGUAGGAUCGCCACCUCAGUUCUGGCAAAAUACAGGAUGCUGCAGUUGGGGGAUGAUUCCCUCACCCCCAAAAUCUGGUGUUGUAGUGACUUUAGAGCAAUCCAUUGCGAUCUUUUGCCCCCUUCCAGGAUGGCCCCUCUAGAAUUAGCCACACAGACACAUGGGACGCGGGUGGCGCUGUGGGUAAAACCACAGCGCCUAGGACUUGCCGAUGGCAUGGUCGGUGGAUCGAAUCCCUGCAGCAGGUUGCGCUCCCGUUGCUCGGUCCCAGCGCCUGCCACCCUAGCAGUUCGAAAGCACCCCUGGGUGCAAGUACAGUGGUGCCUCGCAAGACGAAAUUAAUUCGUUCCGCAAGUCUCUUCGUCUUGCGAGUUUUUCGUCUUGCGAUGCACGGUUUCCCAUAGGAAUGCAUUGAAAAUCACUUAAUGCGUUCCUAGGGAAACCGCCUUCAGACCAGGUCCGGGGACAGUCUGUCCCCGGACCUCUUCUGAAGGCUGGGGGGGGGCAAGGGCUUUUCUUCCCACCCCCAGCAAUUUUUAAUACCGCGGGACUGCGGAGGAGUUCUCCGCUGUCGGGGCGAUCUUAAAAUGCUGGCGGGCGGCAUUUAAAAUCACCCCGGGACAGCGGAGGACUUCUCCGCUGUCCGGGGCAAUUUAAAAGCCCCUGGGAAGGCAGGCAGGGGGACAAAGACUUUGCCCCCGCCAGCCUUCAGAAGAGGUCCUGGACCUCUUCUGAAGGCGGGCGGGGGCGAAAGUCUUUGCUCCCCGCCUUCAAAGCCCUCCGGGACAGGCAGGCAGGGGGAGCAAAGACUUCGCCCCCGCCCGCCUUCAGAAGGUCUUCCCUCCCCCGCCCGGCUUCGGAGCACCGCUCCGGGCCGGGCGGCGGCGGGAGGUCUUCCCUCCCCCGCCCGGCUCGGAGCACCGCUCCGGCCGGGCGGCGGCGGGAGGUGUUCCCUCCCCCGCCCGGCUCGGAGCACCGCCCGGCCGGGCGGCGGGGAGGUCUUCCUCCCCACCGCCCGGCUCGGAGCACCGCUCGAGCCGGGCGGAGGCGGAGGUCUUCCCUCCCCGCCCGGCUCGGAGCACCGCUCCGGGCCGGGCGGCGGCGGCAGGUGUUCCCUCCCCCGCCCGGCUCGGAGCACCGCCCGGGCCGGGCGGCGGCGGCAGGUGUUCCCUCCCCGCCCGGCUCGGAGCACCGUCCCGGCCGGGCGGCGGCGGGAGGUGUUCCCUCCCCGCCCGGCUUCGGAGCACCGCCCGAGCCGGGCGGCGGGGGAGGUCUUCCUCCCCACCGCCCGGCUCGGAGCACCGUUCCGGCCGGGCAGAGGCGGGAGGUCUUCCCUCCCCCCGCCCGGCUCGGAGCACCGUCCGGCCGGGCGGCGGCGGCAGGUGUCCCUCCCCCGCCCGGCUCGGAGCACCGCUCCGGGCCGGGCGGCGGGGAGGUCUUCCUCCCCACCGCCCGGCUUCGGAGCACCGCUCCGAGCCGGGCGGAGGCGGGAGGUCUUCCCUCCCCCCGCCCGGCCUCGGAGCACCGCCCGGCCGGGCGGCGGCGGCAGGUGUUCCCUCCCCGCCCGGCUCGGAGCACCGCUCCGAGCCGGGCGGCGGCGGCAGGUGUUCCUCCCCCCGCCCGGCCUCGGAGCACCGCUCCGGGCCGGGCGGCGGCGGCAGGUGUUCCCUCCCCGCCCGGCCCGGGAGCACCGCCCGAGCCGGGCGGCGGGGAGGUCUUCCUCCCCACCGCCCGGCUCGGAGCACCGUCCGGGCCGGGCGGAGGCGGGAGGUCUUCCCUCCCCGCCCGGCCUCGGAGCACCGCUCCGAGCCGGGCGGCGGCGGCAGGUGUUCCCUCCCCGCCCGGCUCGGAGCACCGCCCGAGCCGGGCGGCGGCGGCAGGUGUUCCCUCCCCGCCCGCCCGGCUCGGAGGAGCCUUCCGAGCCCGGCGGCGGCGGGAGGAGGUGUCCCCGCCCCGCCGCCAGGCUUCGGAGGAGGUCCGAGGACAGUGGGGAAGACGCGCUGCGCUUCCCCGCUGUCCCUGAGAUUUCCUAUGGGCUGUCGUCGUGCGAAGCAAGCCCAUAGGGAAAUUCGUUUUGCGAAGCGCCUCCAAAACGGAAAACCCUUUCGUCUAGCGGGUUUUCCGUCUUGCGAGGCGUUCGUCUUGCGGGGCACCACUGUAGAUAAAUAGGGACCGCUUACUAGCGGGAAGGUAAACGGCAUUCCGUGUGCUGCGCUGGCUUGCCAGUUGCAGCUUCGUCACGCUGGCCACGUGACCCGGAAGUGUCUGCGGACAGCGCUGGCUCCCGGCCUCUAGAGUGAGAUGAGCGCCCAACCCCAGAGUCUGGCGAGACUGGCCCAUACGGGCAGGGGUACCUUUACCUUUAUACAUGAGUUGGUACAUCUGCCUGCGUGUGGCAACCCAUAGCUGGAAGACCUCUGUGGAAGACCUUCCACACAUCCUUUCAAGCACAUGCAUUUGGAGAGGGUCCCUAGCUUGGCAAAGAGGGAGGAAGGCGGAAGGCACCUGAAAUAAUAAUAAUUUUUUAUAAUAAUAAUUUAUUAUUUAUACCCCGCCCAUCUGGCUGGGUUUCCCCAGCCACUCUGGGCAGCUUCCAACGAAGACCAAAAAUACACUAAGAUGUCGCACAUUAAAAACUUCCCUGAACAGGGCUGCCUUCAGAUGUCUUCUGAAUGUCAGGUAGUUGUUUUUCUCUUUGACAUCAGGGGGGAGGGUGUUCCACAGGGAGGGCGCCACCACCGAGAAGGCCCUGUGCCUGGUUCCCUGUAACCUUGCUUCUCGCAGGGAGGGAAACGCCAGAAGGCCCUCGGCGCUGGACCUCAGUGUCUGGGUAGAACGAUGGGGGUGGAGACGCUCCUUCAGGGAUACAGGGUCGUUUAGGGCUUUCAAGGUCAGCACCAACACUUUGAAUUGUGCUAGGAAAUAAAGGGCAAAACUGUGCCAAUGCAGGACGUAGCCGCGGACAUUGAAAUACGGGACAAUCCUGCAUUAUGCAGGACAGGUGGCAACCCCAGGCCCAAGAAAGAGCCCCCCUGGGGAGCUGGGAAGGGGUGGGGGCCGUGGAAGGAAGAGGCAGAGUCUGGGGAGCAGGUACCCAUGCAGGAGAUGGAGGUAAAUAAAUCUUGCUUCCCAAGCAGCAAGAGGGCCUCUGAGCAUGGGCAGAGCGCACGUCCCAAGGCCCCACGCAUAGUAGGGUCUGCAGGGGGUGAUUCAGGCCUGCGAAGGGAUUUGUAGGGCACGCAUAUUGCUCUCUGGGAGGGUCUGACCUCCCUCCCAGCACAGCAGGCUGGACACCCGCCAGGGGUGAUGUGCAGAAAGGUAAGAAGGGCAUCCAUCAAGGUAGUGGGCAUAUAUCACAAGGUUGGAAAUAAUCUGCAGGCAGCAAUCUCAGGCCUAUGAAACAAUGUGCAGGUUUCCUACACAGAUAAUAAUAAUAAUAAUAAUAAUAAUAAUAAUAAUAAUAAUAAUUUAUUUAUACCCCGCCCUCCCCAGCCAAGGCUGGGCUCAGGGCGGCUAACAACUAAUAAUAAAAACAAGCUGAUUAAAAUGCAAUUUAAAAGAUUAAGAUACAACAUUAAAACAAUUAGGGAGCAAUCUCUUCAUUGGAGAAGAAAGGAAAAGAAAGAGGGGGAGGGAAUCAAACUGAUUCUAAGCCAAAGGCCAGGUGGAACAACUCUGUCUUACAGGCCCUGCAGAAAGAUGUCAGAUCCCGCAGGGCCCUGGUCUCAAGAGACAGAGUGUUCCACCAGGCAGGAGCCAGUGUUGAGAAGGCCCUGGCUCUGGCUGAGGCUAAUCUGACUUCCGGGACCUCUAGGGUGUUGCUAUAUAUGGACCUUGAGGCUCUCCGUGGGGCAUACCAGGAGAGGCGGUCCCGUAGGUACGAGGGUCCUAGGCCGUGAAGGGCUUUAAAGGUCAAAACCAGCACCUUGAACCUGACCCUGUACUCCACUGGGAGUCAGUGCAGCUGAAAAAACACUGGGUGAAUAUGCUCCCAUGGCAGAGACCCCGUGAGGAGCCUCGCUGCAGCAUUCUGCACCCGCUGGAGUUUCUGGGACAGCUUCAAGGGCAGCCCCACGUAGAGCGAAUUACAGUAGUCAAGCCUGGAGGUGACCAUUGCAUGGAUCAUUGUGGCCAGGUCGGGGCGGGAAAGGUAAGGUUUCCUACACAGAUGAAGAUGAUGAUGAUGAUGAUGAUGAUUAUAUUUAUACCCCGCCCUCCCCAGGGUUCAGGGCAGCUAACACCAGGUAUAAAAACAAUUGAUUAAAAUACAACUUAAAAACAAGAUUAAAAUACAACAUUAAAAUGCAGCCUCAUUUCAGUAGAAACUCAAAUCAAAAACUUUUUGGGGAUGAAAACGUCAAAUCUUCACCAAGGCCAACUAUCCAGACUGGUCCUACGUGGGCCAGGAAAAAGCCAGGGAAGUCCCCAAAUAGGAGUUCCAUCACAGAAGGAGAAAGGAAAGAGGAAAGAGGGGGAGGGGAUCAAGUUGAUUCCAAGCCAAUGGAGAGAUGUGCUCUCUGUGUAGGAUAUAUCUUGGCCUUCCCCACUGCGGACUACGGCUUCCAUCAGGUUGACCACAGUGGCUUGGGCUGAUGGGAACUGGAGUCCAAGACAUCUGCAGUGUGCAAGCUUUGUUGACUUGCUUGUUUGUUGCUUUACAUCCCAUUGUUUUCUCCAGGGAAAACAUCGUUUUCCUCAUUUAAUCCUCAGAACACCCCUGUGAAGUAGGCUCAACUGAGAGGUGGUGACUGGGCCCCAAAGUCACACUCGGUGAGCUUUUUGUCCGAGUGUCAGGAUUUGAACCCUGGUCCCCCAGGUCCUAGUGCGAUGCUCUAACCACUACACCACUUGGAAGAGGUGGAGCUGGCACUUUAUUCCUGCUAUUCCACAGCUGCCCGGUGCUUUGCCUUAAGCGUUUUCUGCUCACAUUUUAAUGUCUGGACUGUACUGGGUGGAACGAAUGGGUGUCUUAAGUAAGUGGAGGGCACCAGGUUGGGAAAGUUUGUGCCUCUUAAAAACGGCAUGGCGAAGCUGCUUUUGGGCAGGCCUCGCUGAAAAAUGCAGUAGUUUGUGAUAUGCACAGCCGGCUGGCAUUCUGGUUGCCUCACCUCAAAAACGGCAUUGUACAGACAACCCCCACCCCUUUAUUUGCAUUCAGUAUAGGCCUCGCAGGCAUGCAUUGCACCAAACAUGGAAGGGAUACAGGUAAAGGGACCCCUGACCAUUACGUCCAGUCGUGGCUGACUCUGGGGUUGCGGCGCUUAUCUUGCUUUACUGGCCAAGGGAGCCGGCGUUUGUCUGCAGACAGUUUUCCCAGGUCAUGUGGCCAGCAUGACUAAGCCGCUUCUGGCGAACCAGAGCAGCGCACGGAAACACCGUUUAGCUUCCCGCCGGAGCGGUACCUAUUUAUCUACUUGCACUUUGACGUCCUUUCGAACUGCUAGGUUGGCAGGAGCAGGGACCGAGCAACGGGAGCUCACCCCGUCGCGGGGAUUCGAACCGCCGACCUUCUGAUCAGCAAGUCCUUGAUUCUGUGGUUUAACCCACAGCGCCACCUGCGUCCCUAGAAGGGACACCAGAACGCCACAAAAAGUGGCAGGCGGGGGCUGAACAGGCUGUUUGCAGGUUUUCUGAAUGGUGUUUCAUAUAUAUAUAUAGAUAGAUAGAUAGAAAAGGUAAAGGGACCAGGCAAGCGCCCUUGUCGUGGUGAAGUGCCAAAUUGCAACCCAAGUGUGCGCAGACGCACCGCUGCUGUUUGCGGACACUGCGGGUUGUGGACGUGCAUCUCGCACAGAUCACGUUUGCAACCCGAGCGUCCACUGUAUUUAAUUUAGGUAAAGGGACGGGAGCUGGCAUUUGUCCACAGACAGCUUCUGGGUCAUGUGGCCAGCAUGACCAAGCUGCUUCUGGGGACCAGAGCAGCACAUGGAAACACCAUUUACCUUCCCGCCGGAGUGGGACCUAUUUAUCUACUAGUACUUUGAUGUGCUUUCGAACUGCUAGGUUGGCAGGAGCAGGGACUGAGCAACGGGAGCUCACCCCGUCGCGGGAAUUUGAACUGCCAACCUUCUGAUUGGCAAGUCCUAGGCUCAGUGGUUUAACCCACAGUGCUACCUGCAUCCCUGUAUUUAAUUUACACAGGGCGGGCGCCAGCACCAAGAAGGCCCUCUGCCUGGUUCCCUGUAACUUGGCUUCUCUCAGUGAGGGAACCGCCAGAAGGGCCUCGGAGCUGGACCUCAGUGUCCGGGUAGAACGAUGGGGGUGGAGACGCUCCUUCAGAUAUACUGGACCUAGGCUUUGGUCUCUCUUCAAUUUCAAGAUUUCUGUUUCCCAGACAUAUUUGCAUAAUUCCAGGCCCUUCCUCCUACUUCCAAAAUAUACCAGUCCCUCCUCCAAGGAGUCAAAAAGUCCCAGACACAACUUGUGGAUGUAGUCAUGUCUCAUCACAGGCUCACCUUCUGGCACAAAGAGAUCAGCUGUGUUCAGUUUCUGCCCUUAGACAUCUCGAGGUGAGAUGUUUUGAACAUUCCUACUUCAAAAUUGGCAUGGCAGCCUUGAAAUGAUGGUUCAACUGUAGUAUUUACGGAACAGAACAGGGAACAUCGUAAGUCUCCCCAAAUGACUUUUGAAAGGGCAUGUAUUGCGAAAGUUUCAAUGAACACUUAAGCUGUUUCCUCUUACGUGGAACAUCUCUGCAAAUGGGUUGCGUUUUGCUGUUUGUUUUCUGCUUCUAUUGAUCUUUUUCUCAAGAGGCAGAAAAAGGAUCCGGUCAUGGAAGGGGCACAAAAUAAGCCGAUAAUUUCCUGUUGAUACCAUACAGAUAUAACAUCUGUCUCUCUCUCUGCAAGUACUUGGGCAGCUGUUAUUCUGGUCAUGCCCUCUAUGUUUGAAAACGUCCAGUGAAGGAAAGAUUACCACCUUCCAAGGUCAUGUUUAAUGUUUAAUAGAUUAUUGUAUUUUAAUAGUCUGUUGGAGGCCGCCCAGAGUGGCUGGGGAAACCCAUCAUCAUCAUCCUCAUUUUUAAUUUGUAUACCGCCUUUCUAUCUUAUAAUACUCAAAGCGGUUUACAAGCUGAAGAAACCAAAAAUGUACAUCUUAUAACAAUUUAAUGCAAUACAAAAAUGUGAUAAUAAAACAUAACUUUAAAAUAGGCAACCUCCAUCAAAAAGUAACAUUCAACAAUCAUUAGAAUAGCAUAAAAUAAUAAUAUCAACAUAUAAAAGUUAAACAGAAAUCCACUCAACAGUUACAAUAAUAUCUAAACUAUAAUCAAUAAAACAACGGCAAGCCACAGUACAUAAAACAAUAUAAUACACAUUGAGAAACAGAGGGUAGAGCAAGGCAGGUGGAAGGAGGCCUUGCCUGAUGGAGUCUCUCCCCUCACAGUUCUUCCUCCAGGAACAGCUCCCUUAUGAUGGGCAGUGUAUAAAUAAUAAAUUGUUGUUGUUGUUGUUGUUGUUGUUGUUGUUAUUAUUAUCCAUUCCACUGUUGAACAGCUCCUUUCUUGUAACUUGAAGCCAUUGGUCCUACUCUCUGGAGCAGGAGAAAUCAAGCUUGCUCCAUCUUCCAAGGGACAGCCCUUAAAAUAUUGGAAGAUGGCUCUCAUAUUCCCUCUCAGUCUCCUCUUUUCCAGGCUAAAUUUACACCGCUCCUUCAACUGUUCCUCAUCAGGCUUGGUUUCCAGACCCUUGAUCAUCUGGGUCGCCCUCUGCACACCUCCCAGUUUGUCGAUAUCCUUCUUGGACCAAGGUGCCUCUUAAGUUACGCUCUUGCCCAACGGCUUACAGCCUCGGCUACCUUGGAUCUUGGCCAUCGGUGGACCUGCAACUUUUCUGUGUUCAAAUGCUCACAGUGUUUUGAGUAGCCGGUCAGCUAGCUUGCCAACGCUUUGUUUCUUUUAUAACUUUUAAAGCACGUGCAUUUUAGCAAGUUACAGGGAACCAGGCAGAGGGCCUUCUCGGUGGUGGCGCCCACCCUGUGGAACGCCGUCCCACCAGAUGUCAAAGAGAAAAACAACUACCAGACUUUUAGAAGACAUCUGAAGGCAGCCCUGUUCAGGGAAGCUUUUAAUGUUUAAUAGAUUAUUGUAUUUUAAUCUGUUGGAAGCUGCCAGAUGGGCGGGGUGUUGUUGUUUUUAGUCGUUUAGUCAUGUCCGACUCUUCGUGACCCCUUGGACCAGAGCACGCCAGGCACUCCCGUCUUCCACUGCCUCCCGCAGUUUGGUCAAACUCAUGCUGGUAGCUUCGAGAACACUGUCCCACCAUCUCGUCCUCUGUCGUCCCCUUCUCCUUGUGCCCUCCAUCUUUCCCAACAUCAGGGUCUUUUCCAGGGAGUCUUCUCUUCUCAUGAGGUGGCCAAAGUCUUGGAGCCUCAGCUUCAGGAUCUGUCCUUCCAGUGAGCACUCAGGGCUGAUUUCCUUCAGAAUGGAUCGGUUUGAUCUUCUUGCAGUCCAUGGGACUCUCAAGAGUCUCCUCCAGCACCAGAAUUCAAAAGCAUCCAUUCUUCGGCCAUCAGCCUUCUUUAUGGUCCAGCUCUCACUUCCAUACAUCACUACUGGGAAAACCAUAGCUUUAACUAUACGGACCUUUGUUGGCGGUUGGGGUAUAAAUAAUAUAUUAUUAUUAUUAUUAUUGUUGUUGUUGUUGUUGUUUAUUAUUAUUGUUGUUUUGUUGUUGUUGUUGUUGUUGUAGUAGUAGUAGUAGUAGUAGUAGUAGUAGCAGGUUCCAGGCCCCCAUGCACUCUGGAGAAAGAAACUUUUAUAUAUUUGUUAAGGGGGCAGGAAUUGCCAAUAACAGAUGUCGAGGGAUCAUUGACUCCUGUCUCUCUCUCUUUUUUAUUUCAAGGUUUACGAAAUGCCCCCCGCUGCUGGGACGUGAUCCAGCCCCUCCUCUGCGCCGUGUACAUGCCAAAGUGUGAGGAUGGCCAAGUUGAGCUUCCCAGCCAGACCCUCUGCCAAGCCACCCGGGGACCUUGCACCAUCGUGGAACGAGAGCGGGGCUGGCCGGACUUCCUCAAGUGCACCACGGACCGCUUUCCUGAAGGCUGCCCGGUAGGAGAGCAGGGGGUGUGGGGGCUGGCACUGGGACGUCCUGUAGGGGGAGCUGCAGUCGGGGGGGGCGAGUUGGGAUACUGCCAGGAAGACGGGGGCAUCAGGCAGGCAUCAGGCUGGCUCCAGCCAUCGGCCGGCAGCCGGUCUCCCUUGGUACAGCAUCAAACAGCGACAUGAGCCUCAGAUGAAAAUAAUAAUAAUAAUAAUAAUAAUAAUUUUUAUUUAUACUCCGCCCUCCCCAGCCAAGACCGGGCUCAGGGCAGCUAACAACCGAUAAUAAAACCAAGUUGAUUAAAAUACAAUUUAAAAGAUUAAGAUACAACAUUAAAACAAUUAGGGAGCAAUCUCUUCAAAGGAGGAGAAAGGAAAAAGAAAGAGGAGGAGGGGAUCAAACUGAUUCUAAGCCAAAGGACAGGCGGAACAACUCUGUCUUACAGGCCCUGCGGAAAGAAAUCAGAUCCCACAGGGCCCUGGUCUCAUGAGACAGAGCGUUCCACCAGGCCAGAGCCAUCACUGAGAAGGCCCUGGCUCUGGUUGAGGCUAAUCUGACUUCCUUAGGACUCGGGACCACUAGGGUGUUGCUAUAUAUGGACCUUGAGGCUCUCCAUGGGGCAUACCAGGAGAGGCGGUCCCGUAGGUACGAGGGUCCUAGGCCGUGAAGGGCUUUAAAGCUCAAAAGCAGCACCUUAAAUCUGACCCUGUACUCCACCGGGAGCCAGUGCAGCUGAAAAAGCACUGGGUGAAUAUGCUCCCAUGGCAGGGACCCCGUGAGGAGCUUCGCUGCAGCAUUCUGCACCCGCUGGAGUUUCUGGGACAGCUUCAAGGGCAGCCCUGCGUAGAGCGAAUUACAGUAGUCAAGCCUGAAGGUGACCAUUGCAUGGAUCACUGUGGCCAGGUCAGGGAACAGAGGAAAACAUGUCUGCUUCCCUUCGUCUCCAGCAAAACAGCAGUAACCCAAAAGCUAUAUACAAGCGGAAGUUCCCAGCAGACUCUGCUGGAGGUAAACAGGCAUGUGACACACACAGUCCUGCCUGUACCCUUUUAAGGUGGGAUGGAACUACCGUAUUUUUUGCUCUAUAAGACGCACCAGACCAUAAGACGCACCUAGUUUUUGGAGGAGGAAAACAAGAAAAAAAAUAUUCUGAAUCUCAGAAGCCAGAACAACAAGAGGGAUCACUGCACAGCGAAAGCAGCAAUCCCUCUUGCUGUUCUGGCUUCUGGGAUAGCUGCACAGCCUGCAUUCACCCCAUAAGACGCACACACAUUUCCCCUUACUUUUUAGGAGGGAAAAAGUGAGUCUUAUAGAGCAAAAAAUAUGGUAUAUCCUAACAGGGAGAUCAGCUGAGACAGAAAGCUCCUGUUCUGCAGUUCUGCCCAUUCAUUUCUCAGUGGAAAAUGUGCUCCAGAACAUCUGGGGUGAUCGAGGUCAGCGUUUUGCUACUGGCAAUUGCCACCACGUGGAGAUUUCUGGGCCGCCACAGUUAAAAAACCUCUGCCAUAGUCCACAGUUUUGUUUUGUUUUGUUUUAAAAAAAAUUAUUUUUACCAACAACCAAAACGUAAACAUUGAAAACAAACAGUGAACCCCCCCCAAGCGGCUGAUACGUUGGGUAUACAUAAUCAAUAAUAACGUAUUCAAAUCAACCAUAUGUACAAUUCUAUAUACACUCCUCCUUCCACAAGGUUUGUUUAACUUUCAACGUUUUAAUUGCCCCAAAUUGUUCAAACCUGCCCAAAUAAUUCAAUAUCUUCUCAAAGCAAUCCUCCUCCUUCUCACUGACCUUAAACCCUUUCAUUUUAUCUAUCUUCACAGUUAGAUAUUCUAAGAUUAUAAUAUUUUCCCCUCCAUUGGUUCACCCCUAGCUCUUUUGCAUUUUCCCAAUUACUCGCUAUAACCUGUCUGGCUGCAAUUACCAUCAAUUUUACUCAUAUACAUUCCUCUUUUGUUUCUAACUUGGUGCUACUCAGGCUAAUAAGAACCAUUAAUUUAGAUAUUUCCACCUUCCUACCCACAAUUCCUGAUAUUUCUAUACCAGUCUGUUUGCAGACUUCAUUAACUAAUGGACAGUCCCAGCACAUAUGACUGUAUGUUCCCAUCACUCCACAUUUCCUCCAACAAUUCUUACUUCCAGAUUAUGUAAUAUGAUAUAACCUUACAGGUGAUACCAUUUUUGCACACAAAACUGUAGUCCACAGUUAAUCCCAUUUCUGUUUCCACUGUUUCCACUGCACAGAAUGAGGUCCAGAACAUCAAAUUCAACAGCUCAGGGCAGUGUGAGGCCCCCCUGGUCCGGACGGACAACCCCAAGAGUUGGUACGAGGACGUCGAAGGCUGCGGCAUCCAGUGCCAGAACCCCCUUUUCACUGAGAAGGAGCACCGUGAAAUGCACGUCUACAUCGCCUCCUUCAGCUCCGUCACCAUUUUCUGCACCUUCUUCACCUUGGUGAGCAUAGACUACUGCAGUGCACACUGUCCUUGGGGCUGCCCUUGGAGACGGUCCAGACACUGCGGCUAGCGCAGAACGCAGCCGCAAUAAUAUCGACCGGACUUCCGUCAUGUAGCAGCAAUCAUUGCGAGAUCUGCACUGGCUCCCAAUAAUAAUAAUAAUAAUGAUGAUAAUUUAUUACUUAUAGUCCGCCCAUCUGGCUGGGUUUCCCCAGCCACUCUAGACGGCUUCCAACAGAAUAUUAAAACACAGUAGUCUAUUAAACAUUAAAAGCUUCCCUAAACAGGGCUGCCUUCAGAUGUCUUCUAAAAGUUUGGUAGUUAUUUUUCUCUUUGACAUCUGGUGGGAGGGUGCCACUACCAAGAAGGCCCUCUGCAUGGUUCCCCGUAGCUUGGCUUCUUGUAGCGAGGCAACCACCAUAAGGCCCUCGACGCUGGACCUCAGUGUCCAGGCUGAGAGAUGGGGGUGGAGACGCUCCUUCAGGUCUACUGGACCGAGGCCGUUUAGGGCUUUCAAGGUCAGCACCAACGCUUUGAAUUGUGCUCAGAAAUGUACUGGGAGCCAAUGUAGGUCUUUGAAGACCAGUGUUAUAUGGUCCCGGCAGCCACUCCCAGUCACCAGUCUAGCUGCCGCAUUCCGGAUUAGUUGUAGUUUCCGGGUCACCUUCAAAGGUAGCCCCACGUAGAGUGCAUUGCAGUAGUCCAAGCGGGAGAUAACCAGAGCAUGCACCACUCUGGCAAGAAAGUCUGCGGGCAGGGAGGGUCUCAUCCUGCAUAUCAGAUGGAGCUGGUGUCUUUUAAAAGUCUGAUAUUUUUCUCUUUGACAUCUGGUGGGAGGGAGUUCCACAGGGCGGGUGCCACCACCAAGAAGGCCCUCAAUAAGUUACUGAGCCCCUUUCAAUGUCCUGACGUCAACCUGUAAAGCCCUUAACACCUUGCAAGGUGGGUGUUUGCCCUCGGAGUUGGACCUCCGUGUCCGGGCUGAACGAUGGGGGUGGAGAUGCUCCUUCAGGUAAACAGGGCAGCUUAGGGCAGGCGUAGGCAAACUCAGCCCACCCAGCGUUUUGGGACUACAAUUCCCACCAUCCCUGUUAGCUAGGGAUGAUGGGAGUUGUAGUCCCAAAGCAUCUGGAGGACCGAGUUGGCCUAGGCAAACGUUCAAGGUCAGUGCCGACACUUUGAAUUGUGUUCGGAAACAUCCUGGGAGCCCAUGUAGAUCAUCAAAUCCAUUCUGUGUUGGCUGGGCGUCUCCAGCGGGGAACAGAUGCGUGUAGGCAAACUGAUCAGGAUUGAACUCCCUGCUGUCUGCAGGCCACAUUCCUUGCUGACUGGAAGAAUUCGAACCGGUACCCGGCGGUCAUCCUCUUCUACGUCAACGCCUGCUUCUUCAUGGGAAGCAUCGGCUGGCUGGCGCAGUUCAUGGAUGGAGCCCGCAGCGAAAUCGUGUGCCGUGCCGACGGGACCAUGCGAUUGGGGGAACCCACGUAAGUACCAGUUUGCACAUCUCAGUACAGAAAGUCUUGAUCUGAUGUGUUAAGAGAUCUUUCCUCUUCUAACUAAUUCGAGAUGGUUCUGGAGCUUUUCUGCGUGAAAGAAACAGGCAGAAGGUUUGUGGUGUUUGGGUUAUUCCUUCUGAGAAGCUGAGUGUUGUUGUUGUUUAGUCAUUUAGUCGUGUCCGACUCUUCAUGACCCCCUGGACCAGAGCACACCAGGCACUCCUGUCUUCCACUGCCUCCCACAGUUUGGUCAAACUCAUGCUGAUAGCUUUGAGAACACUGUCCCACCAUCUUGUCCUCUGUCGUCCCCUUCUCCUUGUGCCCUCCAUCUUUCCCAGCAUCAGGGUCUUUUCCAGGGAGUCUUCUCUUCUCAUGAGGUGGCCAAAGUAUUGGAGCCUCAGCUUCAGGAUCUGUCCUUCCAGUGAGCACUCAGGGCUGAUUUCCUUCAGAAUGGAGAGGUUGGAUCUUCUUGCAGUCCAUGGGACUCUCCAGAGUCUCCUCCAGCACCAGAAUUCAAAAGCAUCCAUUCUUCGGCGAUCAGCCUUCUUUAUGGUCCAGCUCUCGCUUCCAUACAUCACAACUGGGGAAACCAGAGCUUUAACUAUACGGACCUUUGUUGGCAAGGUGAUGUCUCUGCUUUUUAAGAUGCUGGAGAAGCUGAGUGCAGCUGGCUUAAACUGGUCCUGUUAUCUCUUUCUGUCUAGGUCAGGGGUAGGCAACCUAAGGCCUGGGGGCCGGAUGCAGCCCAAUCGCCUUCUAAAUCUUUAUUGGAAGGAUUUUCUCCCAAAUUGAUUUUUGAAUUCUGAACUUAUUGUUAUUCACGUUUUAUACUGUAUUUUAUGCUGUUUUUUGUUACGUCAAGUAAGUGUUUUAAAUUUGUUGGUAGCCGCCCUGAGCCCGGUUUUCUGAACUGGGAAGGGCGGGGUAUAAAUAAUUUUUUUUAAAAAAAUUAUUAUUAUUUAUUAUAAAUCCAGCCCGAGGACAGUCUGCAAAUCAGCGUGUUUUUUACAUGAGUAGAUUGUGUCCUUUUAUUUAAAAUGCAUCUCUGGGUUAUUUGUGGGGCACAGGAAUUCGUUCAUUCCCCGCCCCCCAAAAUAUAGUCCGGCCCACCACAUGGUCAGAGGGACAGUGGACCAGCUCACAGCUGAAAAAGGUUGCUGACCCCUGGUCUAGGUCAUGCUGACUAUAAAAGAAGGAACCUAGGUUUCAGUUUCUCUUUCUAACUCUGUUCCUUCUAGUGUGGUCUUCUGUAUAUAGUAUGCUUUGUGUUAAGGUUUAGUCUUAUUAUAUAUCUAAGUAUCUGAAGAAGUGUGCAUGCACAAGAAAGUUUAUACCCAGAACAAACCUAGUUGGUCUCUAAGGUGCUACUGGACAAUUUUUUAAUUUAUUUAGAGCCUUAUUAUAAGUUAUUAUAAGUUUAAGUUAAGUCUGCUGCAACUGGAUUUCUUAUUUAUGGAUUUCUUAUGGACAGUGCCAGUCCUGAAUGUAUUGGAUAUGUGACCAUUAUGCUCAUUUGCCGUAAAGAAAAGCUCUCCUGGAGGGAUGCUGGUGGCACUGUGGGUUAAACCACAGAGCCGAUCAGAAGGUUGGCGGUUUGAAUCCCGCCGAGGGGGUGAGCUCCCGUUGCUCGGUCCCUGCUCCUGCCCACCUAGCAGUUCGAUAGCACGUCAAAGUGCAAGUAGAUAAAUAGGUACCGCUCUGGUGGGAAGGUAAACGGCGUUUCCGUGCGCUGCUCUGAUUCGCCAGAAGCGGCUUAGUCGUGCUGGCCACAUGACCCGGAAGCUGUACACCAGCUCCCUCGGCCAGUAAAGCGAGAUGAGCGCGGCAACCCCAGAGUCGGUCACGACUGGAUCUAAUGGUCAGGAGUCCCUUUACCUUUAAAGCUCUGCUGGAUAAAAUAUAAUUACCUCUGCUGAUCUAUUUUUUGGGGAAUCCUGCAACCUGUUUAAGUUGUUACUCUGCUAACUAUACAUUGGAAUCUACCCUGGAUCAAUAUUGAGUAGAAUUUAAAUGACAGCAAGUCUCCGUUGACGUUUGUUCUGGGCCAGGUUCUCCCAUCUCAUAAGGUCAACUUGCAUCCCGAUUCCAUCUUCUGCAACAUUAGCUGCUGCUCCCAGUUUGGUGUCCUCUGGUGCUGAUGGGAAUUGUAAUCCAAAAUGUCAAAAACUGAUGAGAGCAUCUGGGGGGCACCAGGUUGGCCAAAGCUGCUUGGGUGCAGCUGGGCUGUUAUGGGAUGGUGUGGAGGGCUUUGGAGAGGCUCGGCUACGUGCCCUUUUCCUUCCGGUGGUGGCAGCCGGCAGAUCUUCCUUUCCUCUUAUCUUUUUUGUUGUUGUUGGCCUUUUUAAAUGCUUUAUUUAUUAGUUGAAAACUGUAUAACAAAGAUAUUUGUUGUUUAGUCGUUUAGUCGUGUUUGACUCUUUGUGACCCCAUGGACCAGAGCAUGCCAGGCCCUCCUGUCUUCCACUGCCUCCCGCAGUUUGGUCAAACUCAUGCUGGUAGCUUCAAGACCACUGUCUCACCAUCUCGUCCUCUGUCGUCCCCUUCUCCUUGUGCCCUCCAUCUUUCCCAACAUCAGGGUCUCUUCCAGGGAGUCUUCUCUUCUCAUGAGGUGGCCAAAGUCUUGGAGCCUCAGCUUCAGGAUCUGUCCUUCCAGUAAGCACACAGGGCUGAUUUCCUUCAGAAUGGAUCGGUUUGAUCUUCUUGCAGUCCAUGGGACUCUCAAGAGUCUACUCCAGCACCAGAAUUCAAAAGCAUCCAUUCUUCAGCGAUCAGCCUUCUUUAUGGUCCAGCUCUCAUUUCCAUACAUCACUACUGGGAAAAGAUAUUUGUUAAAGACAAAAUAAAGAUGAGCGUAAAAAUAAACAGUCAUUAUCUGAGGAUUCAUGUGGAUCCGUGCUUUGUAACCACAUUUUUGCGCCAUUGCAGCCCCACGAAACAGUGGGUGCAUGAUUUUUUUGGUGCAGGCUGUAGCCAUGGACAUGCUAUGUGAUCUGGUGAUGGUGAAUUUGGGGUGACCCAAUGCAAAAAUCCUGAGGAUCCAUGGGCUUUUACCUUCCCCCUCCUAGGCAGCCUCCUUUAUCUCUAGCGUCCCUUAUCUCCCUCCUGAUCGCUUACUGAUCACCUGCUGCCUUUCAACACUCCCUUCCCUCGGAGCAGUUUUUUGCUCCUCCUUUUCUUCUAAUUUCUUUCCUUAUUGCUUUAGUCUUCCUGUUUACCCCUUUGCAAGUUUGCUGUCUUUACCUCCCCCCUCCCAGGCAGCCUCCUUUAUCUCUAGCGUCUCUUAUCUCUCUCCCCAUCUGCAAAUGAUCAGCGGCUUUGUUUCAACACCCCCUUCCCUCUUUCUAAAAAAACCCGCACAAUCUGCUUUUCACCCCUGGGCAAUUUGGCUCCAGGGACCACGCAUUCGCUCCAUAAGACGCACAGACAUUUCCCCGUAGUUUUUAAGAAGAAAAAAUGUGUCUUAUGGAGCGAAAAAUACGGUACUUCCUUAAUUGAGACUUGCUUUGUACACCAUUCUGUUCUCAAAAUAAAUCCCUUGAAUACGCGCUUAACUUGUAUUUUCUCCCUGUUGUUUAACUUACUUUAAAUUUUCUAAAACGAUCCUGUUUGCGCACAGAAGUUCAAUCGAAAUCUGCCAAUGGGUUAAUAUUUUGACAGUGUUCUUCUACGCAGGCUCUGUAUAUGUUCCACUCUCCGAUCAAUUUCUCACCUGUAACAUCUCAUAGCCUUGCUGAGAGUCUUGCCAGUUCAGCGUACUCUCUUAAUUUAUUUUGCCAGUCUGAUUUGGGUAUCCUCUUCCUUCCUAAAUUUUGCAAUUAAAAUUCCAGCGGCACCUGUGGCAUACAUAAAAACUCUCCUGGACUUUUUUGGGAAUUUCAUUACCCGUAAUUCCUAGCAGGAAGGAUUCAGGCUUUGUGGGGAAAGAAUAUUUAAACAUUUUUUAAAGAAAAUGCCCUUUACCCGCAGCUCCAACGAGACCCUCUCCUGCGUGAUUAUCUUCGUCAUCGUCUACUAUUCCUUGAUGUCGGGCGUAAUCUGGUUUGUCAUGCUCACCUAUGCCUGGCACACAUCCUUCAAGGCGCUGGGGACCACCUACCAACCGCUGGUGGGGAAGACCUCCUACUUCCACCUGGUCACCUGGUCCAUUCCCUUCGUCCUCACCGUUGCCAUUUUGGCGGUUGCCCAGGUAAAUUUACUUUUAUUUUAUUUAUUUAUUAUUUUUGGUAUCCCACCUUUUCCCCCUAACGGAGACUCCAAAGUGGUUUACAUAGUAAAUCUGGAUUCUUUUGAAAGUUGCAUGAAGUUUUGCCUUGAAUGUUCAGUGCCUGACAGAACGGACCACGUUAUUUCACUACUUUCUGCUGUGUGCUCUUCAUAUUUUUAGCACAAAAAUGCAACCGACGACAGUCUGGGAAAGUCACUUAAAAUCCACUAAGGUCAGAGUAGUUAUGCUCCAGACAUUCACUGAUGAUUUACUGGUAAUCACUUUUCUACAUAAAAAUGGCAACCAUAAUUUUAAGUGAUAGACAUUGUUGUUGUUUAGUUGUUUAGUCGUGUCCGCCUCUUCGUAACCCCCUGGACCAGAGCACGCCAGGCCCUCCUGUCUUCCACUGCCUCCCGCAGUUUGGUCAAACUCAUGCUGGUAGCUUCGAGAACACUGUCACACCAUCUCUUUUUUUUUUUAAAUGAUAUUUAUUACUUUUUUAACAUUUCCAACACAACACUACAAACAAAAAAAGAAGAAAAAACAAUGCAAAUACAAUACAAAAACGCUACACAGACUAACAAAACAAACAAAAACAAGCAAAAACAAUUUAAAAACACCUCAAACAUUUUCAAUAUUUUAUAUUUCAUUCACUUAUUUCCAGCGACCUCCUCCCACCUCCCUUUCUGUAUUCCACUUCUAUUAUUUGUUUCAGCAAUUCCUUUCCAUCUUACUCUGUUUUCUGUUCUAUAAUUAUCUUAACACAUUCUUGCCAUACUUUUCCUUUAAUUUUCUAUUAUUCUAUUUAUACUUAAUUCCUUAUGACAUUUCUGCUAAAGCCAUAUAAUUUCAUUCCAACAUUUUUCUAACAUUCCUUAAUUUUACAAUAUUUCUAUAAAUAGUCUUUAAACUUUUUCCAAUCUUCUUCCACCGACUCUUCAUCCUGGUCUCGGAUCUUGCCAGUCAUUUCCGCCAAUUCCAUAUAGUCCAUCAACUUCAUCUGCCAUUGUCCAACACUUCAGUGUUUUCAAAAAGCAACCAUUCUCUCAACCAGCAAAAAGCAGAUGGUUCACAGCAAAGUUUAAAGGUCUGGCAGGGCAGGUCCACCUCCUUCUUUGGCAUCCAUCAAUAUCUUAAGUUUUACUCGAGGCUUCCUGCCCUGCCAAACAGCAUCCCUCUGCCACCUCCUGAAACCCUCCAUCCCAUCCAAAGCUUGCAAUGUUUGGAACAAAAGCAACAUCCCCAGCAAAACAGCAGCCCUCAUCCCCACCACAAUAACUCGGCCCAACAGUAACAACUUCUGAUUUGUCCAUAUUUCCAAAUCCCCCUUCUCUUCAAUCCAACAUCCUUCACAGUUAUCCUUAAGCAGAUUCACAUUUUUGGCGGUCAUACUAACCCCCAAAUACCUCUGUUUCUCAACCAAUGUUAGUAUUGCCUCCUGAAACUCUGUCAAGCUUUCCUUUUCCAAUUCAGAUAGGGCUCUGGUCCUCAAAUUCAUCCGUUCUUCUCUAAGUUCAAUCAUAACGAAUGUCAACUUAUGCUCGUCAAGUUGUCUUUGUAUGGAUGGGACUCUCCUCUCCAGUUGUAUUAUUUUAGAUUCAGCAGCAAGGGUUUUUCCCCUAACUUCAUCUGCAGUUUGCCAUAUCGAAGUAGAUUCCUGUGUCAGUUUCUGGGUGGUUUCUGAAUUGGUAUUCACCUUUUGUCCCAAGUUACUUAAACUUUCUACAGUUGAAUCAAUUUCAAUAUUUGCAACAUCCAAUUUCACAUUUAUCGCAUCUGUUUUCUUGUGGAGUUGUUCCAGCGAAUCGUUUAUUUUCAAUAAUGCAGCCACUAAGGCCUCCUCUGUCGACAUCCCGUCUGUUUUUUCCUUUCCGUUUGCUAUAACACUUAAGAGAUUCAAGGUCAAUUCCAAAGUCUCACACUUUUUUUAUCUUGCAGCUGGAAAUUCCCCUAGCCCAACUCCUAUAAAGUAACCAAUUUCAAAAGCUUCCACUAGGGGAAAGCGAGUUGUAUUUGUAUCGGUCAAUAUGUCCUCUUUUAAACACAGUUUCAAUAAUCCAAAGUUAGUUUCAAUUUUCAGUUACUUUCCUCCUUUUUUAAUAAAGUUCAAUAAAGUUGUUUCAAUUUUCCAUUACUUUUACUCCUUUUUAAGUGCAGACGAAGACAAUGGAAACAAUGUAUCUCUCUUAUGCUAGCUGUCACCGAACGUUCUAUUCGCUGUCAAUGAACCUUCCAAGACACGUCGCUCUUACUAGCAGCCCGUUUCCAGGUUCGGAACGGUGGUAUUUUAACUUCCUUUACUCACUCUUGCAGGGAUACACAAUCCAAAGCCUCCCCCCUCUUCUCCUGCUUCCAAGGGGGGUUUAAUAUUUUUUACCGAUGAGAAUUUAGUCCUUUACAAUAGGCAUUCCAAGACUUUAGCUUGCAACCUCUUUGCCUCAGUCUUAUUUACAAAAAGGUGAGGUGGACUUCCUGUUUUGAGCCUCCCCGUUUCGGUGCCAAAUUAAGACGUUUAAAAAUCCAAUUCUUCACUCUACUCACGGGUAGUUGCUUUAAGAUCAAAUUGUCCACAGGAAAAAGUCAGCGCUCUCCGGCAACAGCUAUGCGGCUUCGCUCCGUGGAAGAAGCAGUCGAUCCGAAGCACCGCGCCGCUCACCCCACGUCGCUCCGGAUCCCCGAAACCGGGUUUCCCCGCGAGUAGGGUAGGCACGAAAGGUGCCCGCCGAAUCCCACGUUCACAGGCUUCACCCGCCUGUGAUUUUUAGUGGGUCUCCGCCUUCGCUGUGGCGGCCAGACCUGAAUUUCCACGAGGCAAAUUUCUCCCGAUCAGAGGAAUUCCACCAUUGCCGGUGGCGCCAACCCGGAAGUUCCACUGUCCAACCAUCUCGUCCUCUGUCAUCCCCUUCUCCUUGUGCCCUCCAUCUUUCCCAACAUCAGGGUCUUUUCCAGGGAGUCUUCUCUUCUCAUGAGGUGGUCAAAGUCUUGGAACCUCAGCUUCAGGAUCUGUCCUUCCAGUGACCACUCAGGGCUGAUUUCCUUAAGAAUGGAUGCGUUUGAUCUUCUUGCAGUCCAUGGGACUCUCAAGAGUCUCCUCCAGCACCAGAAUUCAAAAGCAUCCAUUCUUCGGCGAUCAGCCUUCUUUAUGGUCCAGCUCACACCUCCAUACAUACAUAAUGUGAUAGACAUUAGGCUAGUAGAAAAAGAUUGAAACAAACCUCAUCUCUAUUAAAAGAGCAUGCAGAGAGUAUAGCUCACAUUUGUUCCAAUCAGGCUGCUUGGAAUUAUCAAAGGUUUUUGUUUCUGGAAAUGAUCUAUUUGGCUUCCCCAUUAAAAAGCCUGCUGAUGAAAGUUCUUAGAAAUGCCCCCCUCCUCCAAAAUUCAAGGCGUGAUAGUGCACGAGGUAAGCUUUGAUUUGAGAUCAUUAGAGUGCGCUUAGUUGCUAAAUUCCAUUUUUUAUGGACAUUUUUAUAUGACAACAAAAGCCACAGGAUUCCUCCCCCCACACACUCAAAAAUGGCCUUUUUGCGCAGGUGUGCUGUGUGGCUUGGAUUUUCCCCAGGGAAAGCGUUGUCCUCAUCCCAGGGAAGUGAUUGUGUUGGACGCAGCCGUGCUUUAUACUUGUCAUUGGCUGGAAACUGCAGGAGUGAAGAGAGAGAUCUUGGGUUCAAAUCCUGAUUGCGGGUUUCCCAUUAGGACAUCUGGUGGGCGGUAUGGACCCUUGGCCUCAUCUAACAGGUGUUUCUUAAGUUCCUACGUUGUUGUCAAAUGAGCCUUGACAGCCUGGAGAAUGUUCCAGCGACACUCCUGCAAAUUAUCUUGGCAACUGAGCUGGAAUAUGGUGGUUCAGGUGACCCCAGAACUCCCUAAGUUGUUCAUGUGGGAAUGUUCAGGGAGGCAGGAGAGGAUAUAUUGUUUAUUAAUCUCCUUCCUAACUUGCGCUAGCAAGUUCUGUAACUUAGCAGAGUUUUAACAUUCCCCUUUUAAACUCACAGCGGUUCGCUUGUUGCAAGCUUGUUUAAGCUUCUCAAUAUUCCUGGUGAUUUCCCUUAUACCCCUCUUAAAAAGAAUAGACACGACACAAUCUUGUGUACAGUAUAUAUAAAAGAGGUUUACUCACACAUUCAUGAAUUGACUUCCCACUCACACCUGCACAGUGCUUUUGUUCAAACCCUUUCCUCCUGUGUAGAAACACUUUAUCUAUUACAGAAACUCCUCUAAUAUAAUUACUUUAUCAUUUUUCUGCUGCUGCUGCUCCUAUCUCGAAUCCUGCCUGUGCUUGACUAUAAUACUUUUUUCUUUUUUAUCAUAACUUUUUUGGUUUUUACACGUAUUUUUAAACGUAACAUCCGACAUAUAUAUAUAUAGCAUAGCAAACAUUUGGCCAUAACAGCCUAAGACUUCCAACCUCCUGGACUGAUGGUUUUCCAACUUACUCUCUGAUAUUGCAUUUUGUUAUUGUAAUUACUACUAUUAAAUCCUUUUCAUAAAUAAACAAAUUAUAAAUCAUACUUAGCAAUAAAUAAUGAAGUUACUUUAUUAUUUUAUAAUUUUUAUUAUGACUAUACUUCCCCCCCCAUAAUAUUCUUUGUUGAUUUUCAUUUACAUACUCCACAUAGACAUACUGUAUUACAUUUUACAUUUUUAUUUGCUCCCCAGAGCUGACUUCCUUCCUUCUUUCCUUCCGGCUUUUUAUAUCACAUCUAAUUUUUUUGCAUUGUCUUCACCCGUUUUGUAUAUUAUUGUUCUUCUUUUGUAUUUCUCCAUAGAGUGUCUAUAGUCAAAUAAAUCCUCCUGUAUAUACAAUUCUUAUUGUCUGUCUGUAUUCAUUUAAAACUACCACUGGUUCGAUUAAUCACAUUAUACGUUUUACUUUUUAUUAUUUUCUUUAUCCAGAAAUUUUCUUUGUAUUUCACAUUAUGAGGUUUAUUUCAAUUCUACUGGUUUCACUAUUUCACCUUAUCCUUCCUAUGUAUGACAUAAAUUUUCCCCAUUCUUUUUGAAAUGUUUCAUCGCCCUGUUGUCGAAUUUUCCCCGUUAAUCUAGCUAUUUCUGCACAUUCCAUUACCUUCUGUCGCCAUUCUUCUACUGUUGGUAAUUGCUGUUGUUUCCAAUCCUGGGCUAACAAUAACCUCGCCGCUGUUGUUGCAUAUAAGAACAAUUUCUGGUCAUUCUUGAUAUUUUUUCAAAUAGUUCUUUGUGUCCCCAAUCUCUGACCAGUCAUCUUCAUUUAAUCGCCACGAGUUCCGGUGUCACAGGAGAGAGGAAAACACUUAAUACUUUGUAGGGAGGAGGGGACAGAAAGCUGUUUCGGAGAUGCUGUUGUGUUUUAGGUACGGUGGACACUCAGGUUGUGAACGUGAUCUGUGCGGGAUGCACGUUCGCAACCUGCAGUAUUCACAACCCGCAGUGGCCUGUCUGCCCACGUGCGGAUUGCGAUUCAGCGCUUCUGCGCAUGUGCAAAGCGCAAUUUAGCGCUUCUGCUCAUGCGCAACUGCCGAAACCCGGCAGUAACCCGUUCUGGUACUUCCGGGUUUCGGCGGUCUGUAAACCCGAAAAAACGCAACCUGAAGCAUCUAACCUGAGGUAUGACUGUACAGUGGUACCUCGCAAGACGAAUGCCUCGCAAGACGAAAAACGCGCAAGACGAAAGAGUUUUCCGUUUUUUGAGUCGUUCCGCAAGACAAAUUUCCCUAUGGGCUUGACGAAUUUCCCUAUAGGCUUACUUCGCAAGAUGAAACGUCUUGCGAGUUCUUGCAAGUUUGUUUCCUUUUUCUUAAAGCCGCUAAGCCGUUAAUAGCCUCUAAGCCGUUAAUAGCCGUUAAUAGCCGCUAAUAGCCGUGCUUUGCAAGACGAAAAAACCGCAAGACGAAGAGACUCGCGGAACGGAUUAAUUUCGUCUUGCGAGGCACCACUGUACUUGUUUCCAGUUUUUUUUUAAGCUUUCUGGCUUCUCUACCUGUCUUUCCUCCCUCCCUCUUGCUUUCCCAGGUUGACGGGGACUCUGUGAGCGGCAUUUGCUUUGUGGGCUACAAGAACUACCGCUACCGAGCCGGUUUUGUCCUGGCCCCCAUCGGCCUAGUGUUGAUCAUCGGUGGCUAUUUCCUGAUCAGAGGUGGGCUCUUUUCAAUUUGUUCUCUCUGGUGCUUUUUAAUAUUUAAUGCUGUACAGUUUUUAACACUUGAUUGGGAGCCGCCCAGAGUGGCUGGGGAAACUCAGCCAGAUGGGCGGGGUAUAAAUAAUAAAUUAUUAUUAUUAUUAUUAUUAUUAUUAUUAUUAUUAAUUCUGCCGCUUCCCUCCUAGGUGUGAUGACCUUGUUCUCCAUCAAAAGCAACCACCCGGGUCUCCUGAGCGAAAAAGCCGCUAGCAAGAUCAAUGAGACGAUGUUGCGCCUUGGUGAGUAGGCCGGACUUGCAUGGCAGGAUCUGUAGGUUGUGGGGGUUUUUUGGGAGGGGGGCAGUUCCUGCAGAGAAAAAGGAAGUUGGGACAACAUUAAUUGUUUGUGAUUUUAUGUAAACUGUGUUAUUUUUACUGUUGUUAGCUGCUCUGAGCCCAGCUUCGGCUGGGGAGGGUGGAUAUAAAUAAAAUUUUAUUAUUUAUUACUCCUGAAGGACCAGCUGCCCUGGACACAGAAUUGACCUGCGCCUCCAUGGACAGCUGUCAGUCCAAAAUGACUCCCAGGCUGCGCACCUGGUCCUUCAGGGGCACAGUUACCCCACUGAGGACAAGGGAGUCCCCCACACCAGCCUGCCUCCUGUCCCCCCAAAAAGAGUACAGUGGUGCCCCGCAAGACGAAUGCCUCGCAAGACGAAAAACUCGCUAGACGAAAGAGUUUUCCGUUUUUUGAGUCGUUCCGCAAGACAAAUUUCCCUAUGGGCUUGCUUCGCAAGGCGAAACAUCUUGCGAGUUCUUGCGAGUUUGUUUCCUUUUUCUUAAAGCCGCUAAGCCGCUAAUAGCCGUGCUUCGCAAGACGAAAAAACCGCAAGACGAAGAGACUCGCGGAACGGAUUAAUUUCGUCUUGCGAGGCACCACUGUACUUCUGUCUUGUCAGGAUUCAACCUCAAUCUGUUAGCCGCCAAUCUGUUAGAAAGCAAAUGGCAGGGAUGCAGAGGCCUGUGGGAUUCGAUCAGAAACUAUUGUCAAUGAAUCAAACCCAGUCAACGCAAGGCUUUCAUAGCGGACACAGUGGCUUGCUCCAUAUUUCAUAAUUCCUCAUCGCAAUCCCACCUGACCCCCACACUCUGGAUAUCUGCACUCCUCCAUGCCCUGAAGUAGCUGGACGUGUGACGGGCUCAAUUUCUUUCUCCCUCCAUGGCAGGGAUCUUUGGCUUCCUGGCGUUUGGCUUUGUGUUCAUCACCUUUGGGUGCCACUUCUACGAUUUCUUCAACCAGGCGGAGUGGGAGAGGAGCUUCCGGGAGUACGUCUUGUGAGUAGCGGGUGCCCACCCAUGUUCCCCUCUUGUUCCAGGCAGGGGGCCACUGGCUGCCUUCGUGGGUGGCUCUUUUUGUGGGUGAUCUCUUAGAAGCCGACCUGAUGACCUUCGGGCGCCAUGCUGCGUAGCUCAAGAGCUGAGGCACCUGGGUGGCAAAGGCUGGGAUGGAGCAACACUCCAGGGGCAUUGUGGGAAAUCAAGAUGGCGCCUCACGCUCCCAGCCGUCAAGCACUGGGGAGUAUCGGAGCGGAGGGAUGUAUAAGGGAUUUAAGGGGGCCCUGAAGACCCCUGGCAGAUGCUCACAUGCUGAUGCCAAGCCUGGGAAAUGGUGUAUCUGCGGAACAAACCCACGUCCACCAAAACGCCCACCUUGAAUUGUACACCAGGAAAUCCAGAUUCUGCGACGACGUCCAGAAUCACAGUGUAUUUUUUAUUAUUUAUUAAAUUCGUAUACCGUUCUUCAUUGAAAGAUCUCAGGGUGGUUCACAGAAUAAAAUACAGGAUAGAACACAAGGAAAUGUUUAAACCAAAACAACAGAACAAUAACACGCCCAAUCGCCCUCCCAGUGGAGCUCAGUUUCUUACACACAAACCAUUGUCUGGAAGAAAGCAUCACAAUUCGACAGCAGCAGGGUUUCCCUAUAGGAUGCUUCAUUUUCAGGCUAUAAGUGGUACUUUGAGUAGUGGGUUCUACUCAAAUCAAUAAUCUUUGCAGAUUUAAAGAAAUCUUUGUUGAAUGAUCUUAUGAGCUUUAGCCAAUGUGUUGGUUAAAGUAUGAAUUAAAUUUGGGGUACUCUCAUUUUUUUUUUAUUGCAGGGAUGGGGAAUCUGUGCUGUUAGACUACAACUCCCAUCACCCUUGACUAUUGUCCGUACAGGUUGCUGGGAGUUGUAAUUCCCCGUCGGGGGGGGGGGCGCAGGUUCCCCACCCCUGUUUAACAGGAUUCACACAUAAUCCCAGAAUUCCAACUCCACUCGCACAGGAGAAAAUGUGUCUUCUAAGGGGGGCGUUUAUUAGGCGGGGUGAUCUACUCAGAAGAAAGUCCUAUUGAAUCCAGUAGCACUUACUCCCAGGUCAGCGUGGUUAGGAUUGCAACCUUAACCUUGCAGCUAUAAUCUCCUGAUAUCUGUUCAAAUUCAGAUGGCUGUUUGGAGAUCUGAGGUUCCUUCCCCCUGUGUACCCCGGCUUUUAACACUUGAGGUGUAUGUUUGACAGCUGUGGUCUAAACCACUGAGCCUCUUGGGCUGGCCGAUCAGAAGGUCAGCGGUUCGAAUCCCUGCAUUGGGGUGAGCUCCCGUUGCUCUGUCCCUGCUCCUGCCAACCUAGCAGUUCGAAAGCACACCAGUGCAAGUAGAUAAAUAGGUACCGCUCCAGCGGGGAGGUAAACGGCAUUUCCGUGCGCUGCUCUGGUUCACCAGAAGCGGCUUAGUCCUGCUGGCCACAUGACCCGGAAGCUGUAUGCUGGCUCCCUCGGCCAGUAAAGCGAGAUGAGCACCGCAACCCCAGAGUCGUUUGCGGCUGGACUUAACUGUAGGGGUCCUUUACCUUUACCUUUCCUUUUUUUAUUGUAAGUUGUUUUAUAAUAAUAAUAUUAAAUUUUUAUUUAUACCCCAUCCUUCCCAGUUCAGAAAACCAGGCUCAGGGUGGCUAACAACAAAUUUAAAACACUUAAUUGAUGCAACAAAAAACAGAAUAAAAUACAGUAUAAAACGUGAAUAACAAUGAAUUCAGAAUUCAAAAAUCAAUUUAGGGGGAAAAUUCAUCCAAUAAACGUUAGAUGAUCAUCCAAUAAACGUUAUAUGAUAACUUAGCUAGCUGGCUAAGUUAGUCCUACUUGGGCCAGCGAGGAGACCAGGGGAGAAUUAGCUGUGGGAUCCCAGAGUGGGUAAUCUUCAUAAAAAGGGGGAGGGGGAGGGAAGGAAGGGGAAUAAAAGAUCAGGCUAAGUUCAAAUUGAAAGCCCGGCGGAAGGAGGUUAAAUCCUGCAGGGCCCUGGUCUCAUGGGACAGAGCAUUCCACCAUGUCGGAGCCAUCACUGAGAAGGCCCUGGCCCUGGUGGAGAAUAGUCUGACUUCCUUAGGGCCCGGGACCUCUAAACUGUGAUUAUUCAUGGACCUUAAGGUCCUCUGCGGGGCAGACCAGGAGAGGCGAUCCCAUGAACUCUUGCUGCUUUUAAUUUGGUAACCCUCUCUGGGACCUUAGGGGAGAGGGCGGGCAACAAACAAAUCAAUGAUAAUCAUAAGAAUCUCGUAAUAAUAUUCUGCCCCCCCCUGCAAGUUUCACCUCCACUCUUGCCCCCUGCAGGUGUGAGGCCAACGUGACAAUCGCCACUCAGACCAACAAACCCAUCCCUGACUGCGAGAUCAAGAACCGCCCCAGCCUGCUGGUGGAGAAGAUCAAUCUCUUUGCCAUGUUUGGGACGGGGAUUUCCAUGAGCACCUGGGUGUGGACCAAAGCUACCCUCCUCAUCUGGAAGCGCACCUGGGGCAGGUAAGAGCUGGGCCUAGCCAGCCUUGGAAGAAGCCGGGAUUUAAAUUUUGAGACCAUCCUGCGGCUUCCAGGCGCCAGAACCCUAGCUGCUCUGCACUGGGCUUCUGGCCGAACCGACGAUACUGACCGUUACAUAAUAAACCAUUUGUAAGAACUCGAUAUUUUAGUGUGUCAGCAGCUAAACUUUGGAACUCCCUGCCACUUGGCAUUCUUUUCGCAGCACUCUUUUCGGUAUCUGCUGAAACCAUUUUUGUGGUUCUCAACCUGUGGGUCCCCAGAUGUCGUUGGACUACAACUCCCAUCAUCCCUGAGCUCUGGCCUUGCUAGCUAGGGGUGAUGGGAGUUCUAGUUCAACAACAUCCGGGGGCCCACAGGUGGAGAAAGGCUGGGAUAGACAAAAAUUACCUGCCCAGCAGUUUAGAAAUUUGAGGUGCAUUUCGAUCUUUUUUUUUAAGUCUGGUUUUUUAAAUUUUAAAUUCUUUAUUGAAAAAUGAAAAGUACAAAAAUACAAGUGCACAAAAACUAAGAAACAAGAAAUAGUACGCAUGUAGCAAAUGAAACAAAAAAAAGAGACUGUGCACGUUACAAAAAAGGGGGACGACGACUUGAUAUUUGAUUUGAACUGAUUUUAGAAUGUAUUAUUUUACUGUUGUUAGCCGCUCUGAGCCCAGCUUCGGCUGGGGAGGGCGGGAUAUAAAUAAAAUUAUUAUUGUUGUUGUUGUUGUUGUUGUUGUUGUUGUUGUUAACCAGGCCUUAAUCUCAUAUGGUACCUAUAAAAAAGAAUUCCAAAUUUUGUUCAAUUUCACCAUGGCAAGUCUACAUUUGUACACAACUUGUUAGUGUGCAGCAAAUUUGCACAUAUUUUCAAUCCAAUCAUUAAAGGGAGCUGCGUUAUUUUUCCAGUUUUUAACUUUCGAAUGUUUUAGAUUAUCGCUGGUGCUUUUUCUUAGGGGUGAUUUUAUUCCUCUCUCUCUCUCUCUCUCUCUUUUUUUUUUGGUAAACUGCUUUGAGGAUUUUUGGGUAUGCAUCAAAUAAAUACAUCCCCUCCCCGCAGGCUGACUGGCCAGAGCAGCAACGAGCCCAAGAGGCUGAAGAAGAGCAAGAUGAUUGCCAAGGCCUUUUCCCGGCGCAAAGAUCUUCAGCACAACCCCAACCAAGAGCUCUCCUUCAGCUUGCGGACUGUCUCGCACGAGGGGCCGGUUGGUACGUAUGUCCACAGGGAAGGGGGUGCUUUGGGGCUCCACGCCGGUCCGAUGGAGGGCAGCCUCCCACAGCCAGGCCAGGGCCAGAUUUCGGUUUGAUGAGGCCCUCAGCUACUGAAGGUAAUGGUGCCCUUGAUAUGUCCAGCUGUCCUUUGUCAACCACAAAUUGUCACGCUUUUUUUGUGUUGAAUAUAUGCUAUACAGUGGUACCUCUGGUUGCGAACGGGAUCUGUUCACUUGAACAUGAUGUUGGUAUUGCAACAUCACUUGAACAUGUUGUUGGUAUUGCAUACAUUUACUUUAUUUUAAAUAAUUUUUUAUUCAAUUUUACACUAUACAUUUGAAUUCACACAUUAAUCAUCAUCAACAACAUUUAGGAUUCCCUGAAUACUUAGACUUCCCUCUACCCCUCCAUGGUUUCCAUUAUCAAUCUUUUUCUACUGCAUCAUAUUUUUUCUCUAUUUUUCUUAAGAUAGUCCAUUUUUACCUUAGUUUUUAAUACAUUACAAGCGUUACUCAAAUCCUGCCAAAAGUUUUUAGCUGUUUACAGUGUUCUCUUAAGUAAAUUGUAAUUUUUCCUCAUUCCUUGUUAAAGUUUCUAUCUUCCUGGUUUCUGAUUUUCCCGGUCAUUUUUGCCAUUUUGGUGUAGUCAAUAAUAAUAAUAAUAAUAAUAAUAAUAAUAAUAAUAAUAAUUUAUUUCUACCCCGCCCAUCUGGCUGGGUUUCCCCAGCCACUCUGGGCAGCUUCCAACAAAAGAUUAAAAAUACAUUAAAACAUCUGUCAUUAAAGACAUCUUCAUCAACCAUUCAUCUCUUUUCGGGACUUUUAUCUUCUUUCCAUCUCUGGGGGUAUUGCAUACAUUUAAGUCAUGUCAUAUUUAAAGAAACCGACACUUGGUGGAAUAUAAAUGUCUUAUUUUUACAUUUUGUCUUGGGGAAAUUCUGCAUAAUUGCAUACAGAAUUGUUUGAGCUGGGUUACAAUUCCUGACACCCCUGAAUGUUCCUGACCUUCAACAUGACUAUUUCCUUGCUUUUUUGCUUUUUUUUUUUAAUGCCAUUUACUUUUAUCAUUCUCCCACAAAAUUGUGCCCAGUGUGGUUCACCACAGUAUGUAUUAACAGUUCAAACACCGAUUAGAAGAAAUAUCAUAAUGGAAUGCAACCCAGCCGUCCCACCACAGUGGGCAAACGUUGGCCAAGAUAAUUCUGAGGGGAUUCAGGCUUUGAAAAACUCAUUGUUUGAAAUAUUCUCCCCUUCCCCCUUUGAUUUGUAUACAUCAUUAUAAUUUUCUUUUCCCAGCUGGUUUGGUUUUCGAUAUCAAUGAGCCGUCGGGAGAUGUGUCCUCUGCCUGGGCCCAGCAUGUGACCAAGAUGGUAGCCAGGAGGGGAGCCAUUUUGUCUCAGGAUGUCUCCGUCACUCCGGUAGCGACGCCAGGUAAUUCUGCUUAUUUUCUUCUUUCUUUCAAUAAUAUUCUAUUUGGUGUAUAGACAGAGCAAGGGAAGCAACGAUAACAUUACAAAAAUAAUAGUAAUACUGGGUGUCUAUGGCUGUGUUUCACAUGGUAGUUUAUGACAUUUCCCUGAUGUUUCCUGGCCUAAACUGUUAUUUUUGAUCUGAGUGGUUUCACAACCAAUCCCUCUUCUUCACAGGGAACUCUGGGAAUUGUAGUUCAGUGAGGGGAGCUUACAACUCUCAGUGCCCUUCACCCAGCUCCCAGAAUCCUUUGGGGGUGAAGCCAUGACGGUUUCAAGGAGUAUCCCAGCCCUUGAAAUGUAUGCUAUGAAUGUGGCCUUCCCUUCGAUUCCCAGAGUUGUUCAACAAUCAAUCCCUCUUCUUCUCCGGGAAUUGUAGCUCCGUAAGGAGAAUGUUAGGGACGCAGGUGGCGCUGUGGGUUAAACCACAGAGCCUAGAGCUUGCCGAUCAGAAGGUCGGCGGUUCGAAUCCCUGCGAUGGGGUGAGCUCCCGUUGCUCGGUCCCUUCUCUUGCCCACCUAGCAGUUCGAAAGCACGUCAAAGUGCAAGUAGAUAAAUAGGUACUGCUCUGGCAGGAAGGUAAACGGCGUUUCCGUGCGCUGCUCUGGUUCACCAGAAGCGGCUUAGUCAUGCUGGCCACAUGACCCGGAAGCUGUACGCCGGCUCCCUCGGCCAAUAAAGUGAGAUGAGCGCCGCAACCCCAGAGUCGUCCGCGACUGGACCUAACGGUCAGGGGUCCCUUUACCCUUUUUACCUUUAAGGAGAACGGUGGGGCGGGGAGUUUCCUCAUAACUUCCAGCGCCCUUAGCAAACCCCCAGCUCCCAGAAUCCUUUGCAGGGGGAAGCCAUGAUGGUUUCAUGUGCCUCCACAGCGCUUUGAAUGUUUGGUUCGGCCUGGGAGUGCCGUGAAACGAAUCAGCCAUCUCGAAGCAAGCAGCGAUUUGGGGUUUUGAGGUGUGUGCGCUGGGGUGGGGGGCUUCGGACGGAGGUCCCGUACCCCCCCUAACCAUCGCCUCUGCCCUUCCUUUGCCCACCCACACAGUGCCCCCCGAGGAGCGAGCCAACUUGUGGCUGGUGGAAACUGAGCUGUCCCCCCGGCGGGAGAAGAAGCUGAGCCGCAAGAAGAAAAAGCGGCGGAAGAAAAAGGAGGUCUGCCCCAUGGGGCCCGCCUACGACCUGGACCCCUUCGCCCCACAGCGCCUCAGCUCCGUCCCUCGCCUCCCCCAGCUCCCCAAGACCAAGUGCUUCGUGGCCAGCGCCAGGGAGGCUCAGGCCCUCAACGACGUCCUUGCGCCCAGGGCCUACCCGGCCUGGCGGCCCGCGGCCCUGCCCCAAGAGGACCCUUUUUCCAGGGGGCCGCCCCCAGAGCACCCGUCGGCCCUCGGCUGCCGGCGGAACAGCGCCGCCCUGCCUCCCGUCACCCACCCCUUCUGCCCGGAUAACGGCCCCGUGGAGGAGGCAGGACCCGGAAGCGGCGCCUGGUUCUUCCCGGGACGGCGGCAGCCUCUGCCUCGCGGCAGCUUCCCCCAGCCGCCACCCCGGAGCGUGGCCCCGGGGCCUGCCUUUCUGAGCGGCACCCCGCGCAGGGCUCCGCAGGGACGGCGAGGGGAGCUGCCAGCCCCUAUGCACUCCCGGACAAACCUCAUGGAUGCGGAAUUGCUGGACCUCGAUUCGGAUUUCUAGGAUUUUGGAAGACCCUUUCCAGAGGACUUUGGGGGGACGAGGGAGAAGAGGUUUAUUUGGUUGUAGAGCAGCCAUGACGGGAGAAGCGGACGUUCCCAACUUCUGCCCCCACCAGAAACGGUCUCCUGGGUUUUUGCCCUGCUAGGAGAAGCUAUAUUUUCCCUGCUGAGAUAACAAGACGGUUUUCUUUGAGCUCUUGUUUUUGACUUUGGUGCAAAAGCUUUCCUUCCUUUCCUUCCCUUCCUCCCUCCAGGCGAAAUCUUGCACGUCCCAACGCGUCUGCCGUUGUCUCGUCGUUUGCUUAGGAAAACAGACGGAUCUCCUGAGAUGGAGAUCGCUGAAUGCUUCUUCCGCACCAUGGAUCUUGCAGGAGCUGCGUGGAUCUUGCGGGAUAUUUAUCGAGGGCCAGGGAGGGUUUUUGAGCAGCGACGGUCGCAGCGCCUGUCGGGCAAGAUGUUAGAGAGGGUCCUCAAGUCUUCUCCCUGCGCUUCCAAACAGAACCUCUUCAGGGCUUGCCAAUUGGCGCUGUCCUGAAGUAGAUCCAGGGUCUCUUCCCCGUCGGCGGUGUGUGUGAACACUCCCUCCCUCCUGUGAGCGGGCGCACUGGUUUUCCUGGCCAGAAGGAACGGCGGUUGGGAUCCGUUCUGAUCUUGUAGCUGAAGAACCUUUCCCACCUCGUUCUUUCCCGGGGGUCACAUGGCAGCGGUGGGUGGAGCCAGUGGCAAAAAUGGGCGCAGCAACAAAUUUCGCCUUUGUACAGUCGGCCGAGCGUCAUCGUUAGAGUUCAGUGACAUGUUCUGGCCGCCCAUAAACACGCCCGGAGUGGGGCUGGCCUUGAGGCCUGGGGACAGAUCUGAGGGUCAGAUGUAGAGGUCUUCAGGGCCAGAUUCAGACCCCAGGCCUGAGUUCCUCCACCCUGGUGUAGGAUCCACGCUUUGGAGAACCAGCUCUUGCCUUGCACAUUUGAUGUUUGGCAAAUAGGUGUCGCAAGGGAGAAGAAUAUUGUUUGGACAAGAAGGAGCACAGCUUGCUGCCUGGAUGGGUUUGGGUACAUUUGCGCCUUGUUGACGGAUUCAUGCGUAAGGCAGGGCUGCAAAUCUGUGCCAGAGCCUUUGGAUAUCGGCUAUUGCAGGUUGAAUCCCUGGAGAGUCUCCAGUCUGGAGGUUGCAGGCCUGGACCAACUCCUUUCAACAGGGCUGGGGGAAGCUGUAGCUUUCUGGAGGUUCCUGGACUCCAAUUCCCAUCAUCCCCUGCAGCACAGGGAUGAUGGGAGUUGUAGUGCAGCGGUAUCUGGGGGGCGCGGGAACAGGAUCCCCAGCUCUCCUCUGUAGGACCACUUUGUGUGAUCCAUCCAAUGGGAUUCACCCUACUCUGAGAACAUUCCCCAUAGACAGGAGGACUCAGAAGUCUAGGGCUGCUUGGGAAGACUAAGCAUCCCAGCAUGCAGUGCGUGCCACCUCCCUAUUGCCUGUUGGGAGUUGUAGUCUUGAUUUUCGUCAUCUGUAUCGAAGGCCCACUUUGGUCUCGCAACAAGGAUGGGGGGAAAGCAACCGUCGUAUUAAGUAAACACAAACGUCCCGUUGGAUGAGGAGAGUUUGGGGGAGCAACGCCGCUCUGGUAACACAUUGAAAUAUUUCUGUUGCUCUUUUUUUAAUUCCAUGCCGUUCGUUAACAUAUUGACGUAUAAAGCGCAGAGGUGAGUUUUUGUUUAAUAGUGUCAGAGCUUAGACUUCGUAGCCUUUUCAUAGGAAAUGGAUUUUAAAAGAGAAAAACGCUACCCAGCAGUCCCUAGUUGGAGAAAUAACGCCUUCUGCCUCCUAGUCCCAGGGUGCUUGGCCUGAGGGUCUCCCCCAAUGCUGAAGCUAAGCAGGUGUGGGGCUGGUGAGUGUCUGGAUGGGAGACUGCCUGGGAAUCACCUGUGAGGGAAGAAAAGGUUGACUGGAUGGGAAUACAAAUACAAAUACUAAAAUAUAAAUAGCAAUUGGAGCAGUCCCUGAAGGACUGCCUGCUAAGGGUUUUUGAGGGGGGGAGGGGGGGAAAUUACCUCUGUUGAAGGCCACAGUCCUGUCCGUAUAUAUCUGGAAGUACAGUCAUACCUCGGGUUACAGACGCUUCAGGUUGCGUUGUUUUGGGUUGCAGACCGCCGAAACCCGGAAGUACCGGAACGGUUUACUUCCGGGUUUCGGUAGUCGCACAUGCGCAGAAGCGCCGAAUUGCGCUGUGGGUUGUGAAUGUGCUUCCCGCACAGAUCACAUUUGCAACCCGAGCGUGCACUGUAAUCCCCAUUGAUCUAAGAGAGACUCGGUACGCAACCAAGCCCUAGAUCUUGUUAAAGAGAUCAACCAGUGCAAUCUUAGGCAUGGUUACUCAGAAGUAAGCCCCAUUGAGUUGAAUGGGAUUUAUUCCUAGGAAAAUGUGUAUAGAAUUCACAGCCUUGGUAUCUUAAUUCCUUACAGAAUCAAAGAAUUGUAGCGUUGGCAGGGGCCAUCUAGUCCAAGCCCCCUGACAGUGCAGGAUCCUAACCGAAUGCAUUUUAAUUCAGUGAUCUAAUUCACUGGCAUUGGCUCGCUCUCUUCCUCUUGCCCCCCCCCCCCAGUUUCUUUGAAGUGCAGCAAACUCUGGUUUGUGCAAACCAUGGUUCUGAAGGCAAGGACUGAAAUACGAUUUCAGAUCCCGGUUGGAGAGGAAACAAUGGCUUGCCCAAGCCACGUUUGGUUGCUGUUGGUAAGCUGGUUAGCUGCAAACCAGAGGUGCAAGUUUUCCUUCUGCCUCUAAUGUGGAGUGGGGAAGAGGAGAAUCAGUGAAUUAUGGUCACUGUGGCUUAUUCUUACCACUAUGAGCCUUGAUUUCUGGGAAUGUCUUAACUGGCCCAUCUUUAUUCUAGUUAUUCUAAAUCAGGGGUGAGCAAAUUUUUCAGCAGGGGACCGUUCCACUGUCCCUCAGACCUUGUGGGGGGCCGGACUAUAUUUUAGAAAAAAAAUAUGAACCAAUUUUUAUCCCCACAAAUAACCCAGAGAUGCAUUUUAAAUAAAAGAACACAUUCUACUCAUGUAAAAACACACUGAUUCCUGGACUGUCCACGGGCCGGAUUUAGAAGGCGAUUGGGCCGGAUCCAGCACCUGGACCUUAGUUUGCCUACCCCAUGAUCUAAAUUAAGGGUACCUCUGCUUAACACCCUGAUCGGAAUUUGGGAGAAAAUUAAUUGUGCUUUGGCGAUUCAGCUGCGAUCGUUGCAUUGCAAGCAGUUUGACUAGCUCUACGAUUCUGUGGCGCCCUUCCUAAGAAAACCAGGCCAUUUGUUAAACGGUGUAAAGCUGCCAGCUCUUCAAAUAAAGAAAUUUAAAAGUUCUGGGGUAUUUCAAGUGGGUGGGAUUUGAACCAGCACAAAAAGAGUUUUGUUCAUCUGAGAUGCACAACUAAAAAAAAGAGGAGUGUGUUUCAUCUUGCUUUUGUGGCAGUUGACGGACGGAGGGGGAGGACCAAAAGGUAUUGAUUGUGACGUGUACGGCAAAGAAUGGAGAAGAAAACUGGUCUCUGCCCCCAAAGACCUUACAGUCAAGAACAAACUGCUGUUGAGGCAUCACAGCUUGCUUUAUAAAUGUUAUUCCCACCAAUAUAGCUGAUGUUUUGAUGGGGUGGUGUGGGGUGGUGUUUGUAACCCCCAGGCCAGAAGGCUGAUCUGUGCUCUAUUUUUUUAAGUCCUAGCCUAGGCUACUGAACUUGGGUAGGGUUAAGUCAAGACCCGUACAUUGUAAGCAACCAAGUAUCUGGCGGAGAAAAGGAAGAAAUCGUAUAUUUUCAAUACGCAGCUGUCAAAUAAAUAUUUACUGUUUUAUAUUCCA